AUGCUGUUGGAACUGCUGAUCCUUCAGCAGCUGGCGAUUCAAGCGUUCAGCGAUGAGUCUUUUGUGAAAGCAGAUGGUUCCAUCAAUGUGCAGAAGCGGCACCACCAUAUCCACCGUGGGCAUGAAGAGCCAAGCGAGUUGGAGCGCCGGCGGGAGCUGUUGGCGCGCGAAGCGCCGUCGAUGUCCAGCCUCUUGGCCGAGAUCGAAGCGGCCACGCAGAGUGAGGCGCGCGCCGAGGUGGCCAAUGUCACAUCCACGCCCAAACCGACACCGACGAGACAAGACUCGAAGUUUCCUGUCAUCAGUGAAUGGGCCUGUGCCCUGAUGUGCGCCGGACAUGCGGAGGAUGGUUGUUGUACCUACAAGAGCAACGCAAAGCGCGUGGGAGAUGAGAAUGAUGGAGACAACCAUGAGGAAGACACUGGCUUGUGCGAGUUCCGCCCGGGCUACCUGGGUGUGGAUGAGACCCUGGCGGAAGAGGAUUGGACCGCCUCUCAGUGCAUUGCUGGCUACAGCACCAGCAAGUGUGCCGAGUGGAAGCCGGGGAAAUGCAUGGGCAAAGCACAGGAUCUCAGCACAGCAUCCAAAGGGCUGCCGAUCUGGGACUUAGCCUUCGAGGACCACUUCGACCGCCUCACCUGUGUGCCUGACCGCAAUGGCGUGCUGCGACCCAACCCGGAGACAUGGACAACCGAAAUUGGCUACAAGCGAGGUAAGGAGAGCCAGUUCUACCUCCCAGACAACGUGGAAUGCAAAGACGGCGCGCUGGUGAUCACCGCCAAGCGCGAGCGCAGCAAGGGCGAGGCCACGUGUGAGGUCAAGGGCUCUGAUCCCGACCUGGACGUUGAGGCUGAACUCCAAUUGAGUUGGGCAGUUGCGAUCUCGAACCUAAUGAUUUAG